AAAAAGAAAAAAAACCCUAAACUCCCUCUGAAACUCGACAGUUUCUCUCUCUCGUGCUCGUGCUCGUGCGAAAAUCUUGGUUCUUGCUCUUCUUCUUCACUCGAUUUCGAUCGCUUGUUGUGUUCUCUAGGGUUCCGGGGGGUGGAUUGGCGAGGUCGAUGUGAAGAUCGACCUUGGAGCGGUCAAUUCGUUGCGCGUUUGCGGGAGGGGAGCCAGCGUUCGGUGGGAUUCUUGCGGGAGCCCCAGCUAUGUCGUCGUCGUCCGACAAGGAGCUCGAGGAGCAGCUUGCGGAAGCUGGGAAGAAGCUGCUGGAGCAGCCGUCUGCCGUAGAUGAGCUCCUGGCCCUUCUUGACCAAGUCGAAACUUGUCUCUCAAGAGUAGAACAAUCUCCAAGCAAAUCAAUGCAAAAGGCGCUUUGUCCGUCGCAGAAGGCAUUAGUGGCUAAUAGACUUUUCAGGCACUCGGAUGUUGACGUUAAAGUUGCUGUUGCCUCGUGCAUUAGUGAAAUAACGAGGAUCAGUGCACCGGAGGCUCCUUAUGAUGAUGACCAAAUGAAGGAAGUUUUUCAGUUGAUCGUGUCUUCCUUUCAAAAUCUAUCUGAUAAGUCAAGCCGAUCAUACGUGAAAAGGGCCUCAAUUUUGGAAACUGUUGCAAAGGUCAGGUCCUGUGUUGUAAUGCUGGACCUUGAGUGCGAUAAUCUGAUCCUUGAAAUGUUCGAGCAUUUCUUAAAGGAAAUAAGGGAGUACCAUCCAGAAAAUGUCUUUGCAUCAAUGGAGACAAUUAUGACACUGGUCAUAGAAGAAAGUGAAGAUAUUUCCCCAGAGCUUCUCUCCCCCGUCCUCGCCAGUGUAAAAAAGGACAAUGAGGAUGUCCUUCCUAUUGCAAAGAAGCUUGGAGAGAAAGUGCUUGAGAAGUGUGCCGUGAAACUGAGACCUUACCUGGACCAAGCAUUGAAAUCGUCUGGUGUUGUUUUAGGUGAUUAUAGCAAAGUAAUUGCUUCCAUAUGUCAAGACACAAAUGGCGCAGUUGAGCAAACUGAUAUCCAUGUUAUGGAAAAAGAGAUGUCAGCUGAAGAGCCUUCGACUCAAGAUAUUCCUGUUCCUGCCGAAUCUCCAAAAACAGUUGUGAACAAUGGGUCGACCCAGCUGGACAAAGAUGAUUCUUUGGCAGAUCCCGUGUCUUUGAAGAAGGAAGAAGAUGGUAAGGAGUCGGCAUCCAAAACCACUGAUGCAUCGAGCAAUGGCGACCUUGAUAAAUUGGACAACGAGAAGGCACAGAAAGAAGAAUCCAAGCCAGAAAAAGCUACCAAGAGAAGAGGACGGAGAACUAAUAUGUCAUCUAAAUCUGUGAAGCCCUCCAAGAUUUCUGGGGUUGAUGAUAAGGAUGCUGAAAAUGUCAAAGACACUGAGAAAGAACCUGGCGAUGAUGCUCCAAGUCUGCCACAUGAGGAUCUGAAAAGUGAGGCUAAAAUACCCUCACAAACUGAAAAGGAGGGUGCCUCUGAGCCAUCUAAGGAUAAAGCGGCUGAUGAGGAAUCCAAAGAUGAUGAAUCCAAAGACGAAGAAUCCAAUGUCUCUGCUUUGCCUACCUUAACAAAGGAGAUACCUGAUGAAAGUCAGCCCCAGGAGGCUGGAUCACCGAAUGAUAAAGAGGAUUCAGCUGAAGAGGUGAAACCAUCCUCUGUAGACAUUUCCAGAAAAGAAUCUGCAGGAACUGCUGGUCUUGAAGUAGAAACAGAUAUGAAAAGAGUGGAUGAUAGCGCUGACGAUAUGUCCAGCAAGGAGAGAACUAUAACGGUGGAGGAAACAUCCAAGGAUGAUGACGCAACCAGUGGAUCGGAUGUAAAAAUGUUGAAGCAGCCAGAGAAGAAAGUGAAUGCAAGCACCAGCAGUGGGGAAGGUACCUCUAGAAAGAAGCCAGAGGACAGAAGGAAGUAUGGCAAAGGUAGAUUGGCUUCUGAGAAGAUUGCGAAGAAAUCUGCUGGGAGAUAUGAUAAAAAGGGAACUCCUUCCUCCUCUAAGGUGGUGAAAAAACCAGUUAAAGAUGAGAAGCACCAGGGUGAGACCACUAAGGACAAUUUCAAGAGGAAGCGUAGUUCUGGCAAAGAGGAGGAUUCUGAUGCUAAGAGUUAUGGAGAGGAUCUGGUUGGUUCAAAGAUUAAAGUUUGGUGGCCUCUUGAUAAACAAUACUAUGAAGGUGUCAUUGAAGCUUUUGAUAGCGUGCAAAAAAGGCAUAAGGUUCUCUAUGAGGAUGGUGAUGUUGAGAUAUUAAAUCUUGAGGCAGAGAAAUGGAAGCUCGUUGAAGGUGAUUCUGGAGAUAAGGGCCAAGCUGCUGAUCAUGAUAGUUCAGAUGCUUCGCCAGAAAUGCCUCUGGAGAAAAAGGCGAAAGUGAAGCCUGGGCUGGCUUCAGCAAAGAAAGGGAAGAUGGAUAUGUCAUCCAAGAAGAGUGGAGGUGCUUCCUCUAGCAAGUCCAAAGCUCCUGCUGCUACAUCAUCUGGUCACAAGUCUAGGGAAGGCAGGAAAACAGACGGCAAUUUUGAGAAAGACCGAACCCCUAAAAGCACUGGUAAGGCAACUUUGAAAACGUCUGGGAAAUCCAAGGAUACUGAACUUAUGACUCUCAAAACUGGCAAAUUGAAAGCCAGUGACUCCAGUGCAAGAAGUGUUUCGACUAAGUCUGACCGAGAAAUCCAGAAAGGUGACAAGUCCAUGCAAGCCGAUAAGAGUAUUUCCAAGGGGAAAGGUCCAAGAAGCCUUGGCAAGGCUAAUACCAGUAGUUCCGGAAAGCUCAAACUUGGUUCACCCAAACCGAAAGAGGAUGAGAUUGAGGAUGAAGACUCAGAGGAAACACCUGAAGUCCCUCUAAGUAAGAAAGCAAGGCUGUCGGAGUCUUCAAAAGCGCAGGGAGGCAAGUCGAGCACUGGGAAAAAGCGUCGGAGAGGAGCUUAAAAUCUGAAAAGGGGGUCUUUGCUGACUGAGUAGAAGGUGGUUUUCUCCUCCUCGAGGCACCGGUCCAUCUCUCUGAAACUCUUAGGAUUUUGCAUGUUUGCGGAACUUCCCGAGCUGUGCAGUACUUAAGCAAAACAUUAUCUUGGUGGUAGCUAAUAUUAUGGCCAGCAUUAUAUUCAGAAAAUCUAGAUCAUUAGCGGUUGUAGAGGGUUAGCUUAGUUUUCCUUUUGCUGUUAGAGAGGAAUGCUGUUGUUGGAACUGACUGCAGAGCGCAUUGCUUAGCUUUGUUUCCUUUUGCCAAAAAAAGGGGGUUAUUUACAGAUGGCAUUAGCUUCAUGUUGCUCGACUUAAAAAGGCUUUUCUUUGACAGUAAUGUAUUGUUAGCGUGCAUCAUGA